AUGUUCCUUGGCAAAGCAUGCGGCUACCCUUCAAACCUGCAAGACAACAAGACGUACGAUACCGAUUCUCUUCUCCAGCGGAUUCAACAACUCGAAUGCGAACGAGACGUACGGAUUCAGCGAGGCGGCUCGGUCGACUUUGCGACUUCUCUGACGAGCGUCCCCAUCACAGACGGGAUAUUCCCCAACCCACCAACCCUGGCACGGACACAGAUUCUAGCAGAAUUUCUUCUCAAUCCCACGGCCACCUUCAAGGCCCCUCCGCUAAAUGCGCUCGACACCGGAAUGGCCAUUCCGAAGCCGAUACUGGAAUUGCUUGAAUCGUCUGACGAAAGGGAAUGCAUCCGUGAGCAGUACUUCAACCGGAUCCAUAGCUGGUUUCCCAUGAUUGACAUGAAGCGAUUGGACCAGGAGACGCCGGAACUCUACCGAAAGCCCGACGUUGGUCUGGCGCUACUGUUCACCUGUAUGAGACUGGUGUGCUACCCUGUUAUGUACAAUCUGUGUCAGACACCCCUCUACUACACCGUCAAACAGUUCUUUCACGUGGUCCAGGACUCGUGUUUGCUGUCUAUGCAUUUGCUCCAAGCUGCGGUGCUCAUCGCUCUUUAUGAGAUUGCGCAUGGUGUCCACCCGGUCGGAUACCUGAGUGUUUGCACUGCAGCGAGGCUGGGUAUGGUAAUGGGUUUGCAUGACAGGAAGCAAGCCAAACAACUAUACGGGGCUCCUGAGACCUGGAUGCAGCGUGAGGAGCAACGGCGAACGUGGUGGGCCAUCUUGAUCCUGGAUCGGUAA